AAGAAAGACCUCCUCUGCCACAUAUGAAGCAGUCACAUUCUACGGAUUGGUCAUCCACAUCUAUGGAUCCAGAGGAUUUUCCUCCAAAACCCCUGUCGGAAAGAGAAAUCAUAGCACUGUUUGAAAAAAUGAUGGAAGAUAUGAAUUUAAAUGAAGACAAGAAGAUGCCGUUGAGAGAAAAGGAUUUUAAUACCAAAAAAGAAAUGGUGAUGCAAUAUAUUAGCACUGCUUCAAAGUCUGGAAGUCUCAAGAACAGUAGGAAGAUUUCACCCCAAGAGUUUAUUCAGGAUUUAAAAUCUGGGUCAACAGAUGAAAGACUAGUCACUUGCUUAGAGUCUCUCCGUGUGUCCUUGACUAGUAAUCCUGUCAGCUGGGUUGAAAACUUUGGCCGAGAAGGUCUAGGACUGCUAUUGGAUGUUUUGGAAAGAUUGGUUGAGACAAAAAAUCAGGACAGAGUUGUGAAGAGGAGUCAGCAUAAGGUUAUACAGUGUUUGAGAGCCUUCAUGAAUAAUAAGUAUGGGCUGGAAAGAAUUUUGGGAGAAGAGAGGAGCCUUUUAUUGCUGACCAAAGCAAUUGAUCCCAAGCAAACUAACAUGAUGACAGAUAUCGUUAAACUCCUAUCUGCAAUGUGCAUUGUUGGAGAGGAAAACAUCCUUGAAAAAAUUUUGGAAGCUGUAACAGCAGCAGCAGAGGAAAGAAAUGUUGGCAGAUUCUCUCCUAUUGUAGAAGGUCUUCAGGAUAACUCAGUUCAGCUGCAAGUAGCUUGCAUGCAGCUCAUCAAUGCUCUCGUUACAUCUCCUGAUGACUUGGAUUUUAGGCUUCACAUCAGAAAUGAAUUUAUGCGCAGUGGAUUGAAAGAGAUAUUGCCACAACUGAAAUGUAUAAAGAAUGAAGCACUAGAUAUUCAGCUGAAAGUGUUCAAUGAACAUAAGGAAGAAGACAUGAUUGAGUUCUCUCAUCGCUUAGAAGAUAUUAGAUCUGAACUAGAUGAAGUAAAUGAUGUUUACAACAUGGUGUGGAAUACAGUUAAGGACACUAGUGCUGAAGGAUAUUUUCUUUCUAUUCUCCAACAUCUUUUGCUGAUAAGAAAUGAUUAUUUUAUCCGUCCACAGUAUUUCAAAUUAAUUGAAGAGUGUGUGUCACAGAUAGUGUUACAUCGAAAUGGAACCGACCCAGACUUCACAUAUCGUAAAAGAUUAGAUAUAAAUUUCAGCCACUUACUAGAUAUUUGUGUAGAUAAAGCAAGAUUAGAAGAAUGUGAAGAGAGGGCUUCUGAACUUUCCAGAAAAUUUGAAAAAGAUUUUGUAGUUCACCAGGAGACCCAGGCCCUACUGCAAAAAAAAGAAGAAAGAAUCAAUGAACUUGAGACAGAAUUACAAGCUUUUAAAUCACAGUAUGGCUCUGUACCACCUGGUUUUCUGCCAUCAACAUGUGGAGAUGCCUCUGUUGUUCCACUGGAAGGUGCAGGACAUCAGCUUCCACCACCUCCUCCACCACUGCCUUCUAAUGGAGCAGUUCCACCACCACCACCCCCACCUCCUCCUCCACCACUUCUGAGUGGCUUGGGUGCUCCUCUGGCUUUUGGUGGUGCUCCUCCACCACCGCCUCUACCAGGCCUGCCUGGAAUACAGUGGUCCCCGCCUUCCUGUGCUUUGCCGUUUGGAAUGAAGCCUAAAAAAGAAUUUAGGCCUGAGGUUACCAUGAAAAGACUCAACUGGUCCAAGAUCAGGCCUCAGGAGAUGACAGAAUCCUGUUUUUGGGUUAAGGCAGAAGAGGACAAGUAUGAGAAUGCUGACAUGCUUUGCAAAUUGGAACUUACAUUUUCUUGUCAAAAAAGGGUAAAAAGAGAUGAGGAUGAUUUUGAAGAAAAGAAAUCCAUUAAGAAACGAAUCAAAGAAUUAAAAGUUUUGGACCCAAAGAUUGCACAGAAUCUGUCAAUUUUCCUUGGAUCUUUCCGAGUGCCUUAUGAGGAAAUCAAAAUGAUGAUAUUGGAAGUAGAUGAAACACAACUAUCAGAGUCCAUGAUUCAGAAUUUAAUAAAACACCUUCCUGAACAAGAACAAUUGAAUGCAUUGUCCAAGUUCAAGAGCGAGUAUAACAAUUUGUCUGAACCAGAGCAGUUUGGAGUUGUGAUGAGCAACGUGAAGAGACUUCGUCCACGGCUCAGUGCUAUUCUUUUUAAGCUUCAGUUUGAGGAGCAGGUGAACAACAUCAAACCUGACAUCAUGGCUGUCAGUGCUGCCUGUGAAGAGAUAAAAAAGAGUAAAAGCUUUAGCAAGCUGCUGGAACUAGUAUUGUUAAUGGGAAACUACAUGAAUGCAGGUUCUCGGAAUGCACAGACCUUUGGAUAUAAUCUCAGCUCCCUGUGUAAACUGAGAGACACGAAGUCGGCAGAUCAGAAAACAACAUUGCUACAUUUUCUCGUAGAAGUGUGUGAAGAAAGUUAUCGGGAUGUCCUGGAUUUUGUUGAGGAUUUUCAGCAUUUAGAUAAAGCCAGUAAAGUCUCAGCAGAAAACCUGGAGAAGAGCCUUAAGCAUAUGGAGAAGCAACUCCAACAACUUGAGAAGGAUUUGCAGACUUUUCCGCUUCCUGAAGAUAAGCAUGAUAAGUUUAUAGCAAAAAUGUCAAGCUUUCUAGUUCAUGCCAAAGAAGAUUUUCAGAAACUUUCACGGAUGCAUGAGAACAUGGAAAAACUCUACCAGAACGUGAUGAAAUAUUAUGCCAUUGAUCCAAAGAAAGUUUCAGUGGAGGAGUUUUUAACGGACUUAAACAACUUCAGGACCAUGUUCAUGCACGCAGUAAAGGAAAAUAUGAGAAAAAGGGAAGCAGAAGAAAAACAGAGACGUGCUAAAAUAGCUAAGGAGAAGGCAGAAAAAGAAAAACAGGAGAGGCAACAAAAGAAAAAACGCUUGUUGGAAAUGAAAACAGAAGGUGAGGAGACUGGAGUGAUGGAUAGCCUAUUGGAGGCCUUGCAAUCAGGUGCAGCUUUUCGAGACCGAAGGAAAAGGACACCGAGGUCUAAAGACAUACCACAAAAUCUCAGUCCAACCACACAGCGACCUGUUCUGAAAGCCUGUAACCAUGAGAACCAGAAAGAGCAACUAGAGAAGCCGUGUUCACACCACAGUAUCAGUUUAAACUUGACAAGAAGCCCAGUCACCAAAGAAGUUACAUAUGAUGUGGAAACAAGUUCCAAGGCAUGGAACAAGGCUGUUGGGAGAAAGGAAGCCUGUCAUGGAGAAGGCAACAAAGAAAAGAAAAUAGAUCGUAUUGGGUCUCCUUCUAAGGGAGAAACCAUUCCAGAAGUAGAAGCUCUCUUGGCAAGACUGCGAGCACUAUAGAAUAAUCAUAUAAAAGGAUAAAUAAAAGCUGAAAAAUAAUAGUUUACAUCUUUAAAAAUACAGUAAUUUUCUAUUACUGAUAUUUCAUACUUCUGAGUUCCUAAGUUUCUCUGUGGAUGAAUGAUGAUCUACUUCUAAACUCUUUGCAAGA